AUGUCCAAGAUAAGCGUUCCUCCGAAGGUUGACCGCCGGGGCGGUAUUCCCGUUGAGGGGUCACGUAACCCGAAGGUCUUCUUCGAGGUGGCCAUUGAUAACAAGCCAUCUGGGCGGAUCCUCAUGGAGCUCUACGCGGAUACGGUGCCCAAGACGGUUGAAAAUUUUCGCGCUCUUUGUACUGGGGAGAAGGGGCGUGGCAAAAGCGGUAAGCCACUCCACUACAAGGGGUGUGUCUUCCACCGUGUCAUUCCGGGUUUCAUGAUUCAAGGCGGCGACAUUACACGGGGGAAUGGCACCGGUGGUGAGUCUAUCUAUGGCGUUAAAUUCCGCGAUGAGAGUUUUUCUGGCAAGGCUGGAAAGCAUACGGGAAUUGGUUGCCUUUCUAUGGCGAACGCCGGUCCUAAUACCAAUGGAUCUCAGUUUUUCAUCUGCACUGCUAAGACACCAUGGUUGGAUGGCAAGCACGUUGUGUUCGGCCGAGUUACAGAAGGAAUUGAAAUUGUGAAGAAGAUGGAGCGACUGGGCUCGGAAUCUGGGAAGACACGUGGUCGGAUCACCAUAGCAGACUGCGGUGAAGUCGAAGCAAAACAAGUCAAGGAGAAGACAACACGUGAUGAACCGAAGAAAACGACGACGCCUGCAAAACCGGAGUCCCCUAUGACUCAGGUGCAAGGCAAGAAGCGCCCACGUGACGCAGACGAGGACCCUGAAGAAAAAAAAAGGCGUAUCAAAGAAAAGAAGGCGAAACUCACCCAACUCCGGGCUCAACUGGAGAAGUAA